UUUUCCAGCUAGAACAAACUUCUUAUGCUAAGGAACACGUGAAUCAACAGAUAAAUUUGUAUACUGUAAAAAUCACAGAAAAAAAGAACGAAAUUGCUAAGUUGGAGGAAAAUAUAAAUCAUAGCAAUGAUGCAAUUGCUGAUCUGCACAAGCAAAAUGAGAAUACUAAGAAGAACUGUAGUGUCUGGAAGCCCACCUAUGUAAUUUUUAGCAAGCAUGAAGACUAUUUGAAACAUGAACUUGAAACUUUAGAAGAAGAUAUAGAAAAAGAGAGGAAAAUGUACCAGGAUUACAUAACCCAGUAUAAAGAAGUUCUGAAGCAACACCGUGAAAAAUAUGCAGAAACUCCUCUUGCACGGUUGUAUUACCAAAAAAAGAGAGAGCUUGAAGAAAUCCAAAGCAGAGUUUUGAAACAGUGUGAAAAAUAUAAAUUGAAAGAAGAUGCUUGUGUGGAUAUUCUGGAUCCUGUUCCUUUUAAAUCCCUAAAUGAUUGGGCUUUACAGAUUGCAUCUUCGAGGCAAAAGACAGAGGAAAUGAUAAAGCUUGCUGCAGCUGCUGCACAAGAAUCCAUUGAACUAGAAAAAGAAGCAGAGGAAUUACAAAUGAAAAUUAAUUAUUUAAAAAAGAGUUUUGAAGAGACUAUAGAACAUCAAAAUAAUUCUGAAAUGAUUGAAGGAAAAAAUCAGAAAAGUCUAGAGAAGUCAAAGGAGUUUAAAGAAAGGAUCUUUGAAGAGAAUGAACGUCCAUCUUUGGUACAUGAGAAACAUCAACUGUAUAAACCAUUACCUGUCCCAUGCAUUCCUCGGAAAUUAGUCCAGUCUGUACAGAGUAUUAGAUUCUCAAAGCAACUAAUGGAAACAGCUCACACAGAAAAAGAGAAACCUAUGGAACCUUCAGUGGCCACUAGCAGUUCCUCCAGCCUUGCAGAAAAUUCAUCACAGAUAAUUAUUGAUACUGCAGGAACUAAUAACCCACAAAUUGCCCAAGUUCCAUCAAUAGCAAGUUUACAAAACCAAAUGCAAUUCAGACUGGUAAUCCCUCCAAAGCAGACAACUUCCAAACAACAGUUUGAGAGUGAAAAUGAAGUAACAGCAAACCAAGAGGCCAAAUGUGGUGAUAAGGAACUGGGAGAUGAGCCAAAGGAUUCUUCCUAUACACCUCAAGACAUACACACAAGUUUUAAGUUAAGUGAAGAUAAUCCUGACACAGCAGAAGAAAGUGGAGAACAUUUUUUAGGAACACCGGAAACACCCGAGUUUGUAGGAUCACUUGAGGCAAAGGGGAAGAAAACAGAAAUCACAAAAACUCCUCCAUUUGAAUUCAUUCACAAUUUAGGUUGUGAAGAAAGAACAUCAAAAUCUCCUGCCUUUUCUCUGAUGAACUUCUUCCAGAAGUCACCUGGCUUCAAUUUAUUUGAAUCUUCUGUGUUUGGCGCAGAAAACUCAUCUGAUGAGACAGAGGAAAGUUACCCUGUGGGAAACCUGAACCCUCUGUCCCCACAGAAAGAUAUUGGAAGCUUGUUUGGAAAGUCAGAAAGUGAGGAUACAUUUGCCUUUCCCUUCCCCUCGGAAUCAACUUCUCACGCCUUUGGAGAUGGAAAAGAUGACUUUAGUUUUCCAUUUGCAUUUGGACAAGAUCAGAGAUCAUCACAGUCUCCUACUGUGAAAGGUUUUCAUUCUUCCUUACAAAAUACAAAGCCAUUUACAUUCUUCUGA